CGAGGCGGGGGGCACCGGUAAUAGCGAGUUCGCAUGUCUCCGUAAUCCGAUAAUUGAUGUGACUGCUUGUCGAUAACAGCUACUGAGUGAAAUAGUUAUUUUCUGCUGUCUUGGUGAAUGUCGAGCAUAGAUUGAAUACGUACUGUGACAAUUGGCUACGAACAUCACCAACAUCAACCUCCAUCAUGGCCCUACCUCAACCUCAAGAUCUUCGUGUAGCAGCUGAAGCCGAGCAAAUCAAGACUUUGGAUCUGCUAUUCGAGCCCAGUCCAGCAAUCCAUUCCACUCUCCUCUCCAUUGUGCGAGAUGCAGAGUAUACAUCAUACCCGGAGUUAAUUGAGGCCUGCAGGACUCGCCUUGCCUCGCUCGCCUCCUCGAACUCAUCAGCCAAUUCAGAUGAGACUCUUCUCUCAAUACUCGGAUCACAUCCCCGUUUAGGAGCCAAGAAAGUUGACUCAGCACAGUCAGCUGCAGAGCAGGCCAACCUGCAAGGCCAAGGCGAAGAAUUGGCAAAGCUGAACAAGGAGUAUGAGGAAAAGUUUCCCGGAUUACGAUAUGUCGUUUUUGUGAACGGACGGGGAAGGCCUGAGAUCAUGGAGAACAUGAAGGCUAGAAUUUCGAGAGGCGACUUUUCGAAAGAGGUUGAUGAAGCGUUACAGGCAAUGUGCGAUAUUGCAACCGACAGAGCCUCUAAACUUGGUGUAAAGCCAUAAACAUAAUCACG